AUGAGCAACCCGCUCUGGGUAGCAUGGCGAACGACGUGUUCGGGGGUUCGACCCUCUGUGUUUGCAUCUCUACGGCCAGCGCAUGGCCUUCGGAUAGCAACAGGAAGCCUCGACAAUAUCUUGAGACGGCCUUUCAGCGCUUUGAACCCUAUCCCCCAAGCUCAACACCGGCCUGUUUUGUCUUCCCCCUUCACGAAGCAUACCACUCCUGCUAGUCUUUGGUCCAGAUCCAAAAGAACCACCGCCAAGCCUUCCGGUUCAUCGCGUUCGACUCCUUCCGUGAAGGCCCUUUCCAGCGCAGAAAUCAAAGCAAUCUUCAAAAGCCCGGAUAUCUCUGCUGCGGUGGGUAAUCGGACGUUGGAGGUCCUUCAAAAGCAGCGGAUAGAGGGUACGAUUGACCAGGAUCUCCCCGCCGACCUCGCAAGCCGCAUCACCGAAUCUCAAGCAGAAAACGCCUUGGCCUGGCUGCGCGCGAAAUACCCCGUCGACGAAGAUGCUGCCAUUCUUGCUCGGUUUGAGCGCGAAGAGCGCGAGGAGGAACAGAAACUGGUACGCCGCGCCGAGGCACUGGGCCUCUACAAACCACAGAGUGGGUCCUACGACGCGGAACUUGGUGAAGAUCAGUCUCCGUACGGAAAGAGUUCUCUGAAGGAAUACCGCGAGCUAAACGAGAAACGCCUCCUCGCCGAGCAAGAGCGAAAACGACAAGAAUGGCUUGCUAGCGAAGAGCAGUCGAAGGAGGAAAUGAUGCGCCAAAUCGGACAGAACAAGUCGCUUGAGGUCUACAAGGACCAAUAUCUGGCAGAAGCUCGUCCGCGCGCGGACCCUAGUGUACGGCCAUACCUUGCUUGGGUCCAGAAGCAUCAUAUUGCUGCGACUGCUAACGACCCCGAUGCUGUUAAUCUUUCAUCUGCUCAACGGCUGCUCCCCUCCCUGGCCUUCGGUCUCCUUGUCUUCGGUCUCUGUUUCUAUUUCGCCCAGACAUAUCAACCUCCUGCUAGGGAAGACCGGCUCUGGCCGAAUGUUCCUCCGGCCAUGGCCACUGCUGGAGCUAUUAUCGGCGCUAAUGUAGCUGUGACUUUGGCAUGGAGGUUCCUUCCUCCAGCAUGGAAAUGGCUCAAUCGAUUCUUCGUCAUCGUUCCUUUCUACCCUCGUGCCCUGAGUAUGCUCGGUGCCACCUUUAGCCAUCAAUCUUGGAACCAUCUGGCCUGGAAUAUGCUUGGUGUCGGUCUUGUUACCGUUCCUCUGCACGAUAAGAUCGGGCGUGGAAAUCUUGUGGGCAUUUACGUAGCUUCCGGCGUUGCUGGGUCCUUGCUCUCGCUGUCUCGCAGCGUCAUCCUCGGGACUCUAGGCUUGAGUUCACUUGGUGCAAGUGGGGCGGUUUGUGGCGUGGUUGGCGCUAUGUGCAUGAUCAAUCCCAAUUCCCGCUUCACUUUGUGGUUUAUUCCACCAACUUUGUCAGAUACUCUCUGGCUCUCGGGCUCAACGUUACUGGUGUGUCUAGUCGGUAUGGAAGUGAUGGGUGUGAUGGGUCUGCUCCGUCUCUUCAACUUCGGCAGGAAAAUGGACUUUGCUGCGCACCUUGGCGGAUUUGCCGUGGGUAUACCCUCUGGAUAUUACCUACGUAAAAGGGCGCAGGAGCGACGGAAGGCGCGUAACUGGCCAUUCUAA